CCCCUUUUAAGGAGUGGUACUGUCGCUCCCACAGUCCUUUUCGUGAGAAGAUGGCGGGCAGGAUAUAAAAUUUUCGGCGCAUCCGCGGAUGACGCAGUUUAUGCGUUUUGGCAGCAAACAUUGCGGGACACUUCGGUACAGGCGGUUCCAAAGAGAUCUUCAACAUGCCCAAGAGCCGGCAGAAGCGUGAUACCUGGGGGAAGUGUCCAUGGGCAGAGUUGGAGAAGGCCAUCCGUGGUGGCAACACUGCAGUGGUUAAGGAAUGUCUCCAGAAGGGUAUGGAUCCAAACAUGGUGUUGAAGAGUGGGAUGACAGCGCUCCACCUGGCUGUCAUGUACAGGCACGACAGGUGUGCACGUCUCCUGCUGGAAAAUGGAGCCAGAGCAGACAUUCACGAGGCUAGCGGUGGCCAUACCCCACUGCAUGGAUGUACAAGAUGGGGGUACAUCCGCAUCGCACAGACCAUCCUGGAGUUCGACUCAUCUCCCGAAGUCGUCAACGCCCAGAACAACCAGGGGCACACCCCUCUGCACCUCGCUGUCGUACACAAGGAUGAAGCAGUCGGGGUGGAACUAGUGAGGGUCCUGCUCGACUGCGGAGCAAACUGGAACAUAUCCACGUUCAAGAGAGGCACCACGCCUUUUGUAAAUGCCAUACAGUACCGCAAGCUCUUGUGUUUGCAGACUUUUCUGGAAAAGGGGGCCAAUCCAAACUUGGGAAAGGGAUGGCCGCUGCACCACGCAUCAGACACAGUCGAUUAUGAUCUAGCCAAGCUGUUGCUAAUGUAUGGGGCCAGGGUGGACGUCUGGGACCAAGGGGGCUUCAACCCGAUGUUUGGGGCCGUUUUCAAAGACAACGUCAGGUUUGCAAGACUGAUGUAUGACUUUGGCAUGGACCCGAUGAGGGUGUCAGAGAAACUGAUGCUUUCACCAUAUCAAGUUGCACUGGCAAUGUCAAAGAGGGCUGGUUCUAACACAGAGACCUUCAACUUUUUCCAAAGCAUCAAAAGCAGACCGCGAAGACUGCAGGAUCUGUGCCGACUGUGCAUCAGGCACACAGUGGAACCCGGGCACUUCCACCUGCUGUGCCAGCUGAAGGAAUGCCUCACCCUGGUCAUGUACGAGUACCUACAGCAUAGAGAGUAACAUGUCAGCACAAGUCCAUCUCUGUUAGCUGGUAGUAAAUAUUACAUGGGAAUUAAGUGUGAAAUGUAUAUGCACAAGCUUUUACCAAGUAUAUAACUUUUAACUGAUGGGAUCAAUGUUUAACUAGUGGUGUACUAAUGCCUGUCUCCAUGGACUGAUUUCAUGCUCCAUUCAAAUUUUACUUUUUGGGACAAGCAUGAUAUAACAUGACAUGUUGAUAUUUCUCCAUAUACGAUGACCUUUGGAGAAUCCUACUACCGGGGUAGUAAAUGAAUAAAUAAAUAAAUAAAUAAAUAUACAUAUAUCAACAGUCUUGUUUUAAAUUAAAGCAAUGUUAUUGCUAACACAUAUUGUGAUUACCUUCAAAGCAGUGAGUAGAAUCAUUGCCAUGUGCAGUGAGGAAAACAUACCAUGUUGUCUGUAAAAGCUUACCAAAUUACCAAAGGUUAGUGCAAGGCUAAACUCACACAGUUCAAGGCUUUUACAGUAAGAAAACACAGUAUAAGAAAAUCAGAUCCUUGUUUUUGCCUUGUUGUUAUCACAGUGGUUAUGAUUUAUGAUAUAGUAUUGUAUUGUAUUUAUCACAUAAUAUAUCCUUCAUAAGGUAUUUAUCAAUGUAAUAUAAAUCUUUAGCAGAGACAUUUUUAUUCUGUACACAAUCAUGUAGUGCUUUUAGAGUGUGAAGUGACCAAAUUGAGAGGUAGAGUUUCCAGAGACCACAACUUGACUGUGUCAAAUUUGUUUUACUUUUCUUAAACUUAUAUCAAUUCCUUUUAUUUUUGGUUUGUUCUUGAUCCUCUAUUUCAAGAACCAAGUACAUGUAUAGUUCUACUAGAAUAAGUGGAAGAAAUGGCAAUUUUGAAUUGUAGUUUUAUUUCUUGUCAGGUUUUUAGUAAGUUUUAUUGUGUGUAUAGGACUACACUGUAUAUCAUUUUUUAAUCUUAACUGGUUUGAGUGAAAAGUCAAUGCCAUUUCAUAUAGUAUAUAUUCCGUAUAGUAUUCAGCAAGUAGCUAUACAUUAUCAUUAUUAAACAAUUAUUAUUAUUAUGUCAUAAUCACCAUGUUGAUAUCACCUAAUAUCAAAAGAAUUGUUCAAUACCAUGAUUUAAAUCAUCACUACAACUGUGUACUUAUCAUAAACAUAUUUGUAUUUAUGAAUGUAUUAUACAUGUGUAUAUUUUGAAAUGACUUUGUGAGUGAACAUGUCACUGUGUUUAAGAAUCUUACAUAUAACACCAGGUAGUAACAGGAUAACAUUGGAUAAAGGACUAUCUGAUCUACAUCUAACCCUGCUAUGUGUACAUGUGCAGUACAUACAGAUGUAUUGUGGUCUAAGUCUAAAGUAUAAGGUCCCACAUUUGUGAACAAUUUUUUGUCUAGACUGUUUCCAACAUUCUCAUGUUGUGGAUGUUUAGUUCUGAAGGGCCUUAACCUAUGAUGUUACUCACAGUCCCCUACAACAUGUGCAUUGGAACUGUGAAAAGACUCAACAUUGUUGACUUAAAAUCUUCAAACAGUAAAUAUGAAAGGGGAUUUCAUAUUGAAAUCCAUGUGCACAAUUUUUUUUAGAUUCUAUAUCACAAUCCCUAGUUACUUGAACAAUAUAGUAAUAGACUAAGCAAGUUUAAGGUACUGCUAAGUCAUAGUCAUUGCAGUGUAUUUUUUUGUAUUGGUGUACCUGAAGUGGGUAAGAAUCAGAAUCAAUUUGCCAAAAGGAUCAAAUUGUACUUAUUGGCAUGUUGUACCUGUAAUCAUUGCAGAUAAUAGGCAGAUUGGAAAGCAUUAAUUAUUGGACAAGUGACAGUGACAGUGAAGGUAGAAUGCCAUAUUUACAAUGACUAUCAAUGUGAACAAUCAUGCAGCAAUUGUACAACCUAGUAAACUAUGGUUAUAAAUGGA